AUAUGGCCGAUAUAAUACUGGGUUGCUACCUAGGAUUAUAAAAUAUAUUAGAGUAACCUCCCUUGUCAUGGGCAACACACGUUCUGUAAAUAGUCGAGAUGUCAUCCACUUGUGAAAUGAUUUUGUGUUAGCUGCAUUAACAUAUGGUAUUGGUGCAAUAGUUAUAGCUUAUUGGGGGCAUUACUAUAAUAUUCAUUCCGUACAUAUAUUUUACAAUCAAAUUACUAAGACGUAAACCCACUAAGUCGCAUAAAAUAAUAGGCAUAUUUCAGUACACUUUCACACUAAAGAUUUUCCUCCCAAAAUCCAAGAAGCCAGCAAACAGACAGUACAUAAAAAUGGCUACUGCAGCGAAAUCAGCAUUCAAAUUUAUCGAUAUUGGUGUUAAUUUAACAGAUCCUGUUUUCAGAGGAAUUUAUCAUGGAUCUAGAAAACAUGAAGAUGACUUUAUGGAUGUCCUGAGCAGAGCAUUUGAAUAUGGCAUGGAAAAGAUGAUGAUCACUGGUGGAAGUUUGGAGGACUCAAAGGAGGCUCUGAAGCUAUGUAAAUCACACGAGACCCUGUACUCGACAGUUGGGUGCCAUCCGACUAGGUGUGGUGACUUUGAUAAAGGUACCGACCCUCAGAAGUACUUAGAUGACCUUUUGACCUUGGCAACGGACAACAAGGAUCGUGUGGUAGCCAUUGGAGAGCUGGGACUAGAUUUUGACCGACUCCAUUUUUGUCCUAAGGAUACCCAAAUAAAGUAUUUUGAAAAGCAGAUGGAUUUGGCCGAGAAGACAAAGUUGCCUUUAUUUCUACACUCAAGGAAUGCACAUAGAGAGUUCAUAGACAUCAUCAAGAGAAACAGGGAGCGCAUUUCAGGAGGAGUGGUCCAUUCAUUUACUGGAUCAAAGGAGGAGGCAGCAGAGAUUGUAGGGCAGGACCUGUUUAUAGGUAUUAACGGCUGUUCUCUGAAGACACAAGAAAAUGUUGAUGUGAUGUGCACCAUCCCGUCCAACAGAUUAAUGAUAGAAACAGAUGCUCCCUGGUGUGAUAUCCGUCCUACCCAUGUAGGGUCAAAGUUCAUCAAAACAACAUUUCCAUCCAAAAAGAAAGAGAAAUGGGAAAAGGGAGUGUGCAUCAAAAGUCGAAACGAACCUGUUCAUAUCAUACAAGUCUUGGAGGUAAUGGCUGCAGCAAGAAAUGAAGACAUCAACGAUUUAGCAAAUAAGAUGUAUGAAAAUACAUGUAAAAUGUUUUUUAAUAGUGAUAGGUAAUUAAUCGUUAAUGUUUAUCAUUGUGAAUUAAAUCUGAGGUAAUUGAUUAUCAUGUUUUAUGGCAUGCAAAAUGCUAUAUUGGAAAGUACAAGUGUACCAGUUCAUUAGUACCACAUGUUUGCUGAACAUCGCCUGAGAAAGUGUCAGUGGUACUAUUUUAAUACCAAGUUUGAUAUAUAAUCCUGGUUUCUUGAUGAACAGUUUUGCAAUCUAAAGAAAGGAAGAAUCAAGCUAUUGUGAGGUCAUAAUUGUCGAUGGUCGUUUUAAAAUAUUUUCUGCACUAAACAAUGCAUUCUGAUUGGUCAAUUAAGUGUAAAAAUUGCAAGUGUCAUUUGUCACAGUAGAAACAGGUGUAAAUUGUGUUUACGUGGACCCUGGAAGUUACAAUUAUCUGGUACUGACCGUUAUCACAUUGAUAACUAAUACACAUAUACGUUUGUUGUAGAAUAAAUUUGGAGAAAAUUUGGCAUUAUAAAGAGGUUUGGUGAUGAAUUGAGCUAAACAUAUAAAGGAAUCCUUUAGAAAACGAGCAACAGGCUAGGGACAAUGAAAUGUAUAUGUAGGCGGUAAACGAAGUGGCAAAUUUCAAAAUAAACAAGUGGCAUUAUAUUGAGGUUUUACUGAAGUUAUUUGUGAUACAAGUGCCUGAAGUGGCUGGAUUAACAGGGUUCCACAGUAUUUUUGCAAUAGAAAAUUAGCGUGAUUUUGACUUACAUCAAGGGGUAAUGGUGAUCAUAAGGCUCAAUAAACACAACAUAAACCAUAAUAUUCCUUUAUUAUUUGUUACCUGUAUUUACAAAUGGCGGAUUAUCCGAGAAUUUACAAAUACACAAACACCAUAUAAAACUUUUUAAUUAUAUAAUAUAUUGUAUACAAAAAUAAAGUUACGUUCAACCUACUGAUUAGCAACCUAUUGAUUAGCAACAUCAUUUCAAGUUUUGACUUGUAAUCAAAAUGUACGCUGCAUGACAACUAAUCCUAAAAGAUAUCUGGUAUUUUUUUUAUUUACAACCCUGACCUGGAAUGAACACGUAAUUGGUUGCUAUGGUUACAGGAAAAUCCUCGAAUCACCAGGACUCGUUAUCAUUAAAUACAAAAAAUUGACAAAACGAAAAUAUUUCAGACAGUAUUUUCUUUUUGUUAAAUUGAUCUAAUUUUGGAUAAAUAGUAUUAAGUACAAAUAGCCAGUUGAUAAUAAUUUAUAAGGAACUGCAGUUUGAUGUUCUGUUUCUCAAACAGACCUGUCAACCAACAUUUAGGGGAGAACAGCAAGUGAUAAAAGCUAUCUUAUUAGACUUUUCUCAUGAAUAUCAAGGGUGAAAUGGACAUAUACAAAAUGUAAUGUUGCAUGAAAUAAUAACGAUGUGACAGCUAGAUUGUUUGUGGGUGUACGAACUGUUGUGCAAUUAUAGACAAAAGGAAGGUAAGGGGAGGUCACUGUGUAUAGGAAAAAUAACUGCAUUUGGACAGGGAUCCUUAAAUAUAUAUUAUUCUGCCAGGGGAUAGUUCAGCACUCCUUUGCAAAAUCAGUUUUAAAACCAUACUAGGUUAAUCUCCUUCCCCAUUAGCACCACAGUGUACCUCAUUAUGAAACAAUAACCAUAGAUAUCCCCCCAUCGGUAAAGAGAUGGUACAAAAAUAAUUUGGACAAAUUGCUGAGAGUGAAAGGAAAUUAGUACCUAUUAGCAAAGCUUUUAUGAGGCUAAUCAAUAUCUGUAAAUGUGGGUAUAUUCGUAAUGAGAAUAUAUCUUUCAUCCUUUUUUUCCCCUGCAAGAUAAUAUUUCAUGUAUGAUUUUUCAAAGCUCGCAUUUAAUGCAGUAUUUUGUAUUCGGAGGAAUGUGUGAGAGUAGAUCAGCUUGCUUAUAUCAGUGAUCUACAGCAUUUAUUAUUUAGUAAAUUAAUUAUUUCCACCACUUAAAAGAAGCAAUUCCAUCACAAACAAUUUGCUCAUGGUUUUAAAAUAAUGAAACGUGCAUGCAUUUUAUAUAUCACAUGAAUCAAUUACAUCGAGUGUUCUCGUAUAUAAUUU